UAUCGAUGUGUUCCCGGUGAUAUUUUUUCUCAUCCUGCCCGUACUUGUGACUGGGAAACCUUACGAUGGCGAAGAUUGGGCUCGGAUUUUGUUGCUAAUGUUAGCUCGAGCUAGCUCCUCCGGCUGCCCCGAUGAGUUCUGCUGUCUUGAAAAGUGAAGAUGCCGGGAAGACUGUGGAGCAAGGCCAUCUUUACGGGCUACAAACGCGGCCUGCGCAACCAGCGCGAGCACACGGCACUGCUCAAGCUGGAAGGCUGCUACAGCCGCGACGAGGUGGACUUCUACCUGGGCAAACGAUGCGCUUACGUCUACAAGGCCAAGAAGAAUACGGUGACGCCGGGCGGCAAGCCCAACAAGACGCGGGUGAUUUGGGGUAAGGUGAUGCGCGCGCACGGCAACAGCGGCAUGGUCCGAGCAAAGUUCACCAGCAACCUGCCCGCCAAAGCCAUCGGACAUCGCAUAAGAGUGAUGCUGUACCCUUCUCGAGUGUGACCGACACCCCCCGUCACCUUGUUGAUGUUGUUUGUAAAUAAACAAUAAAGAGACCAAGAGUCUGACA